UCUUUUCUUUCUUUCUUUCUUUCUUUCUUUCUUUCUUUCUUAUUUUCUCUUAUUCUCAGUUUUCUUUUAUUUCUUUCUUUCUUUCUUUCUUUUUUCUUUUUCUUUCUUUCUUUCUCCCUUCUCUUAUUCUCAAGUUUUCUUUCUUUCUUUUUCCUUUCUUUCUUUUCUUUCUUUCUUUUCUUUCUUCAGUUCCCUUCUCUUUUGUAUCAUUUUCUUUCUUUCUUUCUUUCUUUCUUUCUUUCUUUUCCUUUCUUCUUUUCUUUCUGCCCUUCUCUUAUUCUCAAGUUUUCUUUUCUUUCUUUCUUUCUUUUCUUUUUUCAUUCCCUUCUUUUUCUUUCUUUUUUCUUUCUUUCUUUCUUUCUUUCUUUCUUCAGAUUCCCUUCUCUUAUUCUCAUUUUCUUUCUUUCUUUCUUUCUUUCUUUCUUUCUUUCUUUUUCUUUCUUUCUUCAUUCCUUCCUCUUUUAUUCUCAAUUUUCAUCUUUCUUUCUUUCUUUCUUUCUCUUUCUUUCUUUCUUUCUUUCUUCAGAUUCCUUCUCUUAUUCUCAAGUUUUCUUUUCCUUUUUUCUUUUCUUUCUUUCUUUCUUUCUUUCUUUUCUUUCUUCAGAUUCCCUUUCUUAUUCUCUUUUCUUUCCUUUUUUCUUUCUUUCUCUUUCUUUCUUUCUUUGCUUUCUUCAGCCCUUCUCUUAUUCUCAAGUUUUCUUUCUUUCUUUCUUUCUUUUCUUUCUUUCUUUCUUUCUUUCUUCAUUCCCUUCCCAACAACAGGCCUCUUUCUUUCUUUCUUUCUUUCUUUCUUUCUUUCUUUCUUUCUUCAGAUUCCUUCUCUUAGGAGAUUUUCUCUUAUUCUCAAGAGAUUCUCAAGUUUUCUUUCUUUCUUUCUUUCUUUCAAACCAUCUCUUUAUCUGAUUCACUUCUCUUAUUCUCAUGUUUUCUUUCUUUUCUUUCUUUUCUUUUUUUUCUUUCUUUCUUUUCUUUCUUUCUUCAGAUUCACUUCUCUCCAUUCUCAUGUUUCUUUCUUUCUUUCUUUCUUUCUUUUCUUUCUUUCUUUCUUUCUUUCUUUCUUUCUUUUCCCUUCUUUCUUAUUCUCAAGGUUUUUCUUUUUCUUUUUUCUUUCUUUCUUUUUUUCUUUUCUUUUCUUCUUUCUCCAGAUAUCCCUUCUUCAGGUUUUCUUUCUUUCUUUCUUUCUUUCUUUCUUUCUUUCUCCAGAUAUCCCUUCUCUUAUUCUCAUGUUUUCUUUUUUUUUCUUUUCUUUCUUUUCUUUCUUUCUUUCUUUCUUUUUUCUUUCUUUCUUUUUUCUCCAAUAUUUCUUUUUUCCUUUCUCUUUCCUUUUUCUUUUCUUUCCUUUUUCUUUCUUUUCCAGAUAUCCUUCUCUUAUUUUCAUUCUUUUCUUUUCUUUCUUUCUUUCUUUUUUCUUUCUUUUCUUUCUUUUCUUUCUUUCUUCCAUUCCCUUCUCUUAUUCUCAUGUUUUCUUUCUUUUCUUUCUUUCUUUUCUUUUCUUUUUCUUUCUUUUCUUUCUUUUCAAAAAUUUCAUCUUUAGUCCCUUUCUUUUCUUCCUACUUCUUUUUCUUUCUGCCAUCCCUCUUUCUUUCUUUCUUUUUCUUUUCUUUCUUUCCAUAUGA